AUUCAAAUCAAAACUAAAGCAAAGCAGUCACGCUCCAUCUCUCUCUACAAUUGUGAGCAAGCAACAUGGAGGAGAGUCUAAGGCCGAACAUGGAGUCCCUGAGAUUGAUUUGUGACAAAGAGAUCACAACACACCAACAGAAAAUGGAUUCUUUUACGGCGUCGUUCCGAAGGUCUCUCGAGUCGAUCAAGACCCGAGCACAAGCGACUGUUCAAAAUCAAGCGAAACUAGCUAAGAUGAAAGCUGAAUUGAGAGAAGCGGAGGAUGAAUUUGUGAAGAUUUUAGCUGUGAAGACCCGUAAAGAGGCCAAGCAGAUGGCAGCAAGGGACUCCCUUUCUGCAAUAACAGCUAGAAUAGAAGAACUUAAAAGAACUUUGCAGUUGCAGAGGGCAAGGAGGGAUCACCAUGCUGAAAUUAUAUCUCAAGAAUCUCUAGCUUUGGCGGCAUUAGAAGAAAAGGCAAGCCAAGACAUUGAAAAUAAAGCAGACGCUCAGGAUUGUAUUUUGUGGUACUAUCGGGUUCUUGGUCUUCAGAUUGAGGGAGGACAUGGAGUCAGAUUCAAUUUCACUGAUAUUAAUCCACAAAAUCCAAAAGAAGAGUAUUUUUUCACAGUUCGCCAUGCAAAUGAUACCUAUACCUUAUUGGAUUGUGCUCCCCACGUAAAUGAUAUCAAAGAACUGAUUCAAGAAUUAAAUGGUACCAAUGGCUUAUUCAGAUUUGUAAGGAUCAUGAGAGAGAAGUUUCAGGAAGUUGCAGAACAUGGUAUACAACCCCAAACAAGAACUACUCAGCAAGACGUUUCAACAAUCUCUCUUUCUGCUCCAGUGUUGUCAGUUUCUUCUGACAAAAGUACAUCUCCAGCUGAAAGAAGUGAGUGUCAGAUUCCAUGUGAACCAAAUAAGCAACUUAAAAUAGUCAACCGUGGAAGAGGAGCAACAUCGGCAAUUUUAUCUCCUGGAUCUAUAUCAUCUAUUGAUACAUACUGGAGUGAUAAAACUUAACAACUUUCAAAUAAAUAUUAAUUGAAAAUAGAG